AUGCUCUUCUCUACGCUCUCCGCCCUCCAGGUCGCUUCUCUCCCCACGGUCUGGGGUCAUACCACCGAGUCCGCCAACCGUCCCAUCCUUCAACUGCAGCCUGGGCCGCUCCGUCUCACCCGCCGAGCCAUCCAUCAUCUUCACAAACUUCCUCCACAAACUCCAAAUCGAGAAGAGCGUCUACCGCGAGGACAGGGAGCAAAUCCUCCCCGACCCGAACUAGACCGCGUCUUCGAGGAGAUGAAAUUCCAACAGCCAGUCACCCACAGCCAGCUACCAAGCCCCUGA